AUGAAACGAGGAAGGAUCUAUGCAGCCGCUCUGAAACACGGAUACAAUGUAAUAGCACUUGGACAACAUCUGGAUGAUCUCACGGAAAGUUUCAUAAUGUCAUGCUUCCAUAAUGGCGCGAUGAAUACAAUGAAGGCUCAUUACACUAUCCAAUCGAAGAAUCUUCGAGUGAUACGACCUUUUGUCUAUGUUCGCGAAAAGAUGACCCGUACUUUUGCCGAAAUGGCGGCUCUUCCUAUUAUAGCAGAGAACUGUCCAGCCUGUUUCCAGAUGCCAAAAGAACGGAUGCGCGUAAAGCGUGUUCUAGGCGAAUAUGAGAGUUUAUUCCCGAAUCUCUACUCCAGUUUACAAUCAGCCAUGAUGCCACUAAUUUCUAGGGGUGCAGCACUUGGGCUCUCUGGUUACGAAGACGCCAAAAAUGCACUUUCAGAGAAUUCACAGCUGAAUUUCGAUCCCGAUGACGUUUCUAAGAACCCGAAUCUUAGUUGUCCCCCACAGAAGACUAAAUAA